GUUCUGCAAAAAUUUUAGUUUCUAUAUCUCUUAGACUAUUUAUGUUCUUGUUUUACCAAAAUUCAAUUUUUCUAUGCUUUAGGAAUGCUCAACCAAUAGAAAAGUUGAAGGCAGCCUAUAAGAAAUAUUUUGCCCGUUGUCUAACAAGACCAAAAGCUACAGAGGAUGACUUAAUAGAGAAGCAUUUACCAGUUCGAAGCUUUGGAACUGUCCUGGCUAGAGGAGAAAAUCGAAGACAAACUGCAGGGGGUUCUGAUCUUGCUAGGAAGAAAUUGAAGCCAGAUAGGAAUAAUGCAAUUUCCAUAUAUAAAGAUACAGAUACUGGUGUUAGCAUGGUUCAUCAACCAGAUGUUUCAAACAAUGAAUUGAAAUUGUGGCACAGUCUUGGAAGUCGGGCUAAGAACUUCAAUGAAUAA